AUGGCUAGCAAAGAAGGGGCCGCUGGACAGGCCUUUGGCCCCGUCCUAGCAGCGGUCGCUACUAUGCAGGGAAAUGUUUCGCGCACUGACAAGGCUCACGCUCAUGAAUUUCUCGAAAAGUUUCAGAAAUCGAUCGAGGCGUGGACUAUCACCCAUGAAAUGCUACAGUCACCGAACGUCCCUGUCGAAGCCAAGUUAUUCGCCGCGACUACGUUGAAGGGAAAGAUCAUAUUCGAUCUCGACCAAUUGCCCGCGCACUCAGUGGUGGCUUUGAGAGAUUCAGUUUUGAGUUUGCUCGUCGCGUUCGCCGCCGGACCCCGACCUAUUCAAACCCAACUUUGCGUGUCCUUGGCCAGUCUUGCAAUCCAGAUGAUCGAGUGGAAGGACGUCUUGGCUACUGUCGGCUCAGUUUUGGGAGGCAGCGCCGGCGACUGUGUGCUAGAGUUUCUCAGGAUUCUCCCGGAGGAAGUAACAGAAGGCCGCAAGAUUAAUUUAAGUGAAGACGAACUCACAAUGAGGACCAAAGAGCUGUUGGAAGACAACGCCGAGCAAGUGAUGCAUCUGCUGAUUCAGUACUCCCAGUCAUCACCUGCGGCCUCCAAAAACCCCCGUCUUCUUGACUGCAUUACAUCCUGGAUGCGUGAAAUCCCAGCUUCAAGGAUUGUUGAUUCGCCAUUAAUGGACGUUAUUUUGAAGGCACUAGAUGAUGACGGAUCCUUUGAUUCCGCUGUAGACAGCAUGUGCACUAUAUACAGAGACACCCGCGAGGUGGACGAUUCGCUCCCCAUUAUUCAAGCCUUGUACCCUCGCAUUAUGUCCCUCCGACCUAAGAUUGCCGAGACUGCGGAAGCCGAAGAUACGGACGCUUACCGGGGAAUCACGAGAAUUUUCGCCGAGGCAGGUGAAGCUUGGGUGGUUUUAAUCGCUCGCGUGCCAUCCGAGUUUCGGGGUCUUGUGGAGGCAGUUUUGGAAUGCUGUGCGCGAGAUUGGGAGCGCGAUGCAAUUUCCAUCACCUUCGCCUUCUGGUUCGAGUUGAAACAAUAUGUCACCCUGGAACGAUAUGCCGAGUCCCGUAUCGUCUUCAACGACGUUUUCUCGAAACUGGUAGAUAUCAUGAUCAAACACCUUGAAUACCCACGUCCAGAGGAGGGGGAGACAGACCUUUUUGGCGGUGAUAGAGAACAAGAGGAAAAAUUCCGUCAUUUCCGACACUCUAUGGGGGAUGUUCUCAAAGAUUGCUGUGCUGUCAUCGGCGUUACGGAAUGUUUGACGAAAGCUUACCAUGUCAUUCAACAGUGGGUGUCUAAGUACGCAUCCCAAUCUACUGAUGCACACGUCCCCAACUGGCAGGAACUUGAAGCCCCUCUUUUCAGCUUGAGGGCUAUGGGCCGCAUGGUUGACCCAGAGGAGAAUGCCGUUCUCACUCAAGUCAUUCCCUUGAUUGUUCAAAUUCCCAACCAAGAGAAGGUGCGAUUCCAGGCCAUCAUGGCGCUUGCAAGGUACACGGAAUGGACAGCACAACAUCCCGAGACACUUGAAGCGCAACUGAAUUAUGUCAUUUCCGGCUUCCAGCACAGUUCCGUGGAGGUUGUUCAGGCCGCUGCGCUGGCAUUCAAGUUCCUAGGAACCGAUUGCCAAAAGCUCCUAGGGGGCCAUAUCACACAGCUGCACUCGUUCUACGAGUCAGUUCUCGAUAAGCUGAAGCCAACCAGCCAAGAGGAAGUAACAGAGGGGGUGGCAGCUGUGGUUGCAGUGCAGCCACUGGAUAAAAUUUAUGAGACCAUGAAGAUGUUCUGUGAUCCCAUUAUGGCACGAAUUAUGAAUCUAGCAAAUAAUGCCAAGGAUGAGCAGGGUCAGCGGGCUGUUGCGGACCACCUACAGUUGAUUACAAUCUUUAUCCUAGUGGUAAAUCCCUGCGUCUCUUCGGGCGAGCAAAACCCCGCAGUCAAAUACUGCGGCGAAAUCUUGCCUAUCAUGUCCACCAUUGCAAUGAACUUCACAUCCUCCACGCCUAUUCUUGAGCGCAUAUGUCGUUGCUGGAGAAACAUGAUCAUCUGCUAUCGAACCGCUAUGACACCUCUCCUACCAGCUCUAGCUCAGAGCCUUGCGAGUGGAUUUGAGGCUUCGCGAGAAGGAUGCUUCCUGUGGGCAACUGACGCUGUGGUGCGCGAAUUCUCCGACGGGGCCGAAUAUGUCGACCCUUCUACGAGUCAUGCAGUAUUCCAGUUUUACGAGCAACAGGCAGUGGCUUUCCUGCGCACUCUGAAUGACCUAGCGCCAGAAAAUCUGCCCGACGUGAUCGAGGAUUUCUUCCGUCUCUCUUCUGACGCCGUUCGGUUCUACCCCAAAGAAUGCAUCACAUCAUCCCUUGCAAUGCCGAUAUUUUCGGCCGCCCUUAGUGCUCUGACUCUACAGCAGAUUGACCCUCUCAUUGCAACCUUGCACUAUUACCACGAUCUAUUUAGUUUUGCCUUUGACAAACCCGCCGUCUCUGGAUUCACGACCACAGACGGAAAGCCUUAUGCCAAUCCGCCGGAAAUCCGGGAAGCCGUGAAACAGCUGAUUGGCUCACAAGGACAAGUCCUGACGCAGCGGAUUCUUACUGGGAUGAUGUUCACAUUCCCGGGGGAGUGCUUCCCGGACGCGUCAGGUGUUCUGAUGUCGCUGUUUGAACUGAUGCCUCAGGACGCAGGAGCUUGGGUGCAGUCAACGCUCCAGAUGCUACCCGCGGGGACAAUGAAGGCCGGUGAGGCGGAACGGCUGCUCAAGGGCAUUUCUGACAAAGUCCAAUCGGGAGAAACGCGGAAGAUUCGAGUUCUCCUCCAAGACUUUACCAACUCCUACCGACGUCGAAACGUGGCUCCCAGGGAAGGGUUAGGCCGACUAGAAGCCACCCGAUUCCGGUUUAGCGGGUAG